AUGUCGGAUCCGGAGCCUGCACCUCAAAGGCCCGGUAUCUUGCACGGCACCAACGCGCCACUGAGCAGUGCCUUCAGAGCAGAGCUAUACCAGGCUAUCGAGGCCCUUUACGCGGUCGGUGGUGGGCCCGACACGUCCCACGCGAUCAAGUCAGAGACAAAAAGCUAUCCGACUACGACAGAACAGCACUCCGCCUCCAGUCAUGCAAUAGAUGCUGCAUACGGUCGGCUCACUGAGGUUCUGAAGCACUGGGACUCUAGGAUUCGGGAUCGAUCCCUAUCACUUCAACAUGCUAUAUACCACUUCCACACCCCGAAAAACCCCAUGGAAUUCGAGAGUUGGGUCAUGGGGCAGAACAUGUCUGCUGCUGACUCCACCCUCAUUACUCGUCUCAUCGACUUGUGCCCUCGGCUAGGAUUCGAGGUUCUUCCAGUGGUUAUGAAGUAUACAGGAAAACGUUGCCAGUACCAAGCCUGGAUUUCCCUCCAGAGAGACGGCAAUGCCGGGUCGCAAACCCCUGAGCAGAAUGGCUUUUGGCAGGUCAACCAGCAUAUCAGCCACUUACCCAGCAUUGGGUAUUUUGGCAACUAUGAUGAUUUCACGCUUGCCGAAAACAUCCAUUGCCACGCGGGCAAUGUUCUAGAGGAUAGGAACAUUCUCUGGGAAAGGGCUCGUCGGUCAAUCUUCUCAUGGCAAUGGCCCUCUGAAGAGCGGGCCUUUCACGAAGAGCGAACAUAUCGUGAAACAAACCCUCAGUGGUACCAGCACAUUGUCCCAGGCACUAGUGGUGACCUGGGACAUUACUUUGCACCAGCAAUCAUUAUUACACCUCUCCGAACACAACUAGACUCUGUCAACAUGACCAAUCAACCGCAGCUUGCUGGCAACCUCUGGCGCUAUCUCUUGCGGCAAUGCAAAGAAUCUUCAGAGUCGGCUUUCUACUUUGAAGCACUCAAGUCUCUUUGUCAAUUUGUUUGGCCUCAACACGGCAAUGAGCUGCCAGAGACACAGAUCCUUGGUCUGCGAGUUCGGAGCCGUGAAGAUUUUAUCGGAAAGAUCGACCCUGGUCUCAUGGGUGAUCUAAUCUUGACUUCACUGGCGUUCAAUGACCAUCCACUAUUCCAAAACCUUGUCGCCAAUACCCGAUCCAAGCCGAUAGUAGACUAUGAUUGGAUAUGCCAGAAUGCGAUCUUUCAUGGCUACUCAGCAGCUGAUGCUCUUUAUGAGCUUCGCCAUUUCUUAUCCGAGGGCAACAGCUUCUUGCACGUUGCAAGCAUAGUCGAAAAGCUGCCUGCAUAUGCCGAAGCCGACAAUUCAAGCCAUGAUACCCAGGAGUUGGGGAUCAUGGCCAUUAGAAUGCUUGAAGCCCCCCUUUCAGCUAGCCAUGGCCGGCUCAUAGUAAAUCUCUUGGAGUUGUUCAAGGACUUUGGCAAGUGGAGGGAUACGGUGGACGCAGCUGUGAGCCGACUUGGAGAGACCCAACAGCAGAGCCAGUUCAUCCUCGGAUUGUUUAACAGACUUUUUGAGGUGGCCAAGAGACACAAGCUCCCUCUUGACGAAGUCACCGAGUUUUACGAGAAGCACGCAGGGAUGACAGGAGCAUCACGAACGCUAUGGAACAUCGAGAACUUGGUCAGCAACACCAACAAAGAACAGAGCGCUGAAGCCAAGGCUGCUCGCCAGGCCUGGUGCGUUGCUGAACCGACAGAAGAAUUUCUUAACGACCUCUCAAAGCCGGGUCCAACGAACCACGCAAUGAUCGCCGGACUACUCCGAAACCUUGAUCGUCUUGGUAUGAAUGAUCAAGUAUCCAAUUUCACAAACCACAUCGCCCAGCAUGUUACCGAGAUUCAGCCCAUCCAUUUGGCACCUCUCUGGCUACCAUUUCUCAGGACCCUCCAGGAUGUGGUGGACCCCGAUAAGCCGGCGUACCAGCGCCUGUUCCAAGCCAUCUUUGUGUACUACGAGAGCGCAGUCUUUGAGGAUGUCUCGGGUCGAAUCGAGCGGGAGCCAAAGUCGAUACCCCCAAUGGCUGAAUGUUGUGGUCACUGCAAGACUCUCAACUCCUUCUUCGAGCAACCAUCAUGGAAAACGAUCCACUUAGUCAAGCCCAGGGCAAUCGUGGACCAUAUCAAAGGACAGCUUAACAAACAGGAUAAGCCCAUCAAAGCAGCCAUCUACGGUAAGAACGAGGCUAGUCUGACGAUGCAGCUUACCAAGUUUUCGCUGGUCAACGAAAGAAUCCGCACAACCGAGAGAUUGAGGAGACAGGAGGCUACCAGAGCUGUUCAUCAAUUCGACCCAGAUGUUCUGCUUUCAUUUCUUGGAGACAAGGGUGGGAUCAUGUGGAAGCUUGGAGAUGCGGAGUCUCAGGGGCCUCUCACGAGCACCGCCGCAGGACCCUCAGCUUCUUCUUCGGCUAGUGUGACUGCUGAGGCAUCUAGGCCAAGCUUAACGUCCACGCCAAGCGUUCCUCUGGGGCCUUUGGAGACGCCUCGAAGGGGCUACCAUGAAGCACCGACCAGAAAUGACUUGCCACCGUGCAAUAGCGUGGCCCAUACUCAGGUAACACCAAAGGUGGAGGAUGUGGAUAUGGCGAACAAUGUGAAGCCAGAGUCAGAGCCCACUGCCAUUUCAACAACUAGGCAGUCAGGUCACAGGGACAUCAGGGAGAUGUUUGGCGCGAGCGUCAAAAAAGAGAAAUUUACAACUAUGCCAAGCAGCAGCAGCCAACAUGCUGCACCCGUUCCCAGUGGUACCUCGACAAGAGAUCGACUUAAGAACUUGGGCAGGAUUAAGCUUGAGUCUACACCCAAGUUCGAUGAUGAAGCGACGGCCCGGCAACGGGCGAAGCUAGACACAAGACUCACGCCGAGAGAGACGCCUCGAAGCAGCAAACUCGAUUCCGGCGUAUUGAGAACGCGUGACCCGUUGGCACCGUUCGGAGGGAGGAGUUCGAGAAAAGAGCCCGUAUCGUCGUUCAGCAGACGGGCCGGUUUGACGGGGACUUCGAAGCCCACGUCUCCGCUCCAGAGCACGUCUGACGAACCUUCCAAAACACCGCGACUAGACGCCGUGAUGGGUGGUCCUACGCCCAAGCCUACACCACGUCUGGACGCGUUAUCGGGAGGAUUUUCUAGGAGCAGUCGACUAGGCCUUGGGGUCAGACCUAGAAGCCCUUCAAGCAGCCCAUCACCAGCUACCGGCAGCGACAACCAGCCGGACUACAUGGCGGCGAUCCUAGACGCGGAGCGCUCCAAGAAGCGUCGUACCGGCUCGACAUGGGAAGUGCGGUCGGCCUCGGGUACCAUCAUGGGCUCAGGCACGGCGUCCUCUGCAUCGAACAGGUCGCGGUUCAGCGAACUUGUGGACGCAAGUCAACAAGAGAAUCCCAGGCUCACUUCGCUUAUGAAGGAGAAGAGCCCACCGCGUUCGCGCAGCGGGAUUGGAGGAGGAGCGAGAACCUCGUCAGGAGCUCUUACGGCGCGGUCUCAUAAUGUGAGGCCGGGUCAGACUCGCAUUUCCGGCACGAUUCCUCGCAAGAGACAGAUGGAGGACAAUGACGACGAGGAUGUCAUUGACCUCUGCGGCGACGGCGGUCCGUCUCUGGGAGGACGUCUCGGAGGAGGAGGAGGAGCCUCGGGAGGGAGCAAGAGGGUCAAGAGCACUCCGGUCUUCAACCUUCUUGACGAUGACCCUUUCGGCGAGGAUUAA